CCUGUGAACUUAGUAUUCCUGAAAGAGUUUUUCAAUUUAAAAAAUUUGUGACUUUAUCUGUCGCUGCACAGACUCUAACAUUGUGUCUAAAAUAAAAGGUCAAAUGCUUUUGUUGAUUUGUUUCAACAAGACCAAUGAGGACAAGAAGACAUCUGGGGAUCUAGUAAAAAAAGUUAUGCAACACAGUAAAAUCUCCAUAGCAACUGGUCUGUAGCAAUGGGUUGCUAGUAGCCCAGUAGCCCUUUCAAACUCUUCAGGCUCCUAAAUUCCGCGUAUGGACCGUGGAGCAACCCUCCGGCUCCUACUCCACCCUAUAGGCACCAGCAAGCACCCACCCAAAUCCCGAUGCAUCGACUUACAACUCUUUCGGCUGCCACAUCCCACUCCUCCGUGCAUACACUCGCAGCAUGUCGGACACCCAGCGCGGGAAACCUCUAUUAGGAUUCAUCAUGGCCGAACUACGCGACUUGAACAACAACAAUAACAACAGCAGCAGCAGUGGCUUCGUCAGUAGCCCCAGCCCCUCUCUGGACCUGGCGGAGCUGCUCGCCGCGGUGCAGGCCGCUAUCAAGGCCGUGGCUGCCACCCUACGGUCAUCGGGGCUUGUCAAGUGGCGCAGUUCUCGAGAGAUCGCGGCCGAGAUCUUCAUCAACUACAUCGCGUCGUCACAUUCCGUGGCGCUGCUCGUGUGCGACGAGAAGGUGAUCCCCGUGGAGACGAGCGGCGACCGACGGGGGAAGUACGCGGUCUGUAUAAGUCCGCUUGACUCGAAGCAGGACACGCCCGAUCCACCGAGUGUCGCGGGGACCGUCUUCUCGGUGCAUAGGUACCUGGAGCAACACGGCCGUAGCUCGGGGGCAGGCGGGCGACCCAGCCUGCGGUCUGUGCUGCAGCCGGGAAAGAACCUGGUAGCCGCUGGAUACGCGCUGUACGCCUCCAGCACGCUUCUUGUCUUGACCACGGGGCCCGGCGUCCACCUGUUCGUCCUCGACCCCGUGCUGGGGGAGUUCAUCCUCACGGCGCCCAACCUGACCAUCCCCGGGCGCGGGCGCAUCUACAGUGUGGACGAGGGCCUCACCUACGAGUGGGGGGAUCCGGUCGUCGAGUACGUCGAGAGUAAGAAGGACCCAAAGCUGGGCGUCACAUACGGCUCGCAUCACAUGGGCUGCUCCGUCGCGGACGUCCACACCGUGCUGAGGAACGGCGGCAUCUACCUGUCACCGCAGGCACGCUCGCACCCUAACGGCAAGCUGCGCCUGGUGCUGGAGGCCGCGCCGCUGGCCCACCUGGUGUGCCGGGCCGGCGGGCUGGCCACCGACGGCCACGUCUCCCUCACAGACUGUCAGCCCGAGGGCCUCGCGCACCGCACCGCCGCCUUCAUGGGCUCCCGGGAGGACGUCCGCGACGUGCUGUCCAUGUUCCGGAGGAGCAGCGCGCUGUACUCGGCCCGGCCCAGCGGACUGCGCGCCGGAGGCCCCGGCGGCUACGACACCCUCACGCCCUCGCCCUCCAGCGCCACCACUAGCACCAGCCAGCAGGCGCAGAGUUCGAAGGAUCAGCGUUCGUCCUCCAAGCAGGACAGGGCUGCCGUGGCUGGGGCUGGGCUGACGGCCUCCAUGGCGGCGCUGUCUGCCACGAUCGUCGCCCUGGGCAGGCCGCCUUCCUCCAGGCCAACGUCUGCCGUGUACCCGUCCAGCACCGGCUCGGUCCUGGGGCUCGUGCCGUCAGUGCCGCGGCCGGCGUCGGCAGUCUCCGCACCGGCAUCGUCCACCUCCGGCGCCGUCCACCACGGCCUGCAGAAGGCCGCGUCGCCCAGCAGCCUGCCGUACUCCCUCCCGCACACCAUAUCGGGCUCAGCCAAGAAAGUCCCUUAGCCCCGCGCGCCGGCCGCACCAAAGCCACAUCAUGCCCUCCGAAAAUAAACUCGCACAACUGUA